AUGCAUUUCACAGUCAGUCUCCCUACGGCCGCCGUUUUCUUGAGCUGUGCCAGCUCAAUCUAUGGCCACGGCCUCAUCGUCGACGCCUAUGGAAAUGCCAACGCCAAAGCUCGCGGCCGUGGCCUCGGUUUUAUCGAUCAAUACAAUGGCAACAGAUGGGGUACUGCUCAACACCCGUUCCAGGUCGACGUGCCCGUCUUCAAAGAUCCUAUCGUUCCAUGCUGUAAUAAACCGCGUACAUACCUUGCCACAGGCUGUGGUAUUACCCUCCAGAUCAUCUGGAGAAACAAUAUCAGGGACAACAAGCAUCUCGUGCACCAGUCCUGGUAUGCUCCUGCAGUGCAAAGCUUGUUUACAUCAAAGAGAGGCUAUCAGUUAGACAUGAACUAUGAAAAGAACCUCAUCGUGUCUAAGAAAUUAAUGCCACAGGCUACGGCAGGUGGAUGGAUGAAGAUAAGAAUUCAUCAAGUGAAUAUCGACGGCGCUGGUCCAUAUAGAUGCAGGAUUGAUCAGACGGGCACAGCAAACAGCUUCGGCCAAUGGCUUUGGCCCACCCAAAAUAUGCCAGGAAAUAAAUAUUCCUUUAACGUUGGAACUAUCCAUAAACCAAACAAUUGGAUCCACCUCCCGAUCCCGGCAGGUAUUCGAUGUGGUGGAACCGCAGGGCCUUACAAAAAUGUUUGUAUCAUCAGAUGUGAGAAUCAAGCCGUCAAUGGUCCAUUUGGAGGAUGUCUCGCAUUCCAGCAGGUCGGCCUCCCUGUACCAGCGGCGCCGAAGCCCCCUGCUGUUAAAAUCACAGUCGCACCACCCACAGUUACAGUCAUCCAACAAGCUCCCACAGUCACCGUCUACCAGGGUCGUCCUCCAACGAAGGAAGAAAUCGAGGUGGCAGUCGGUGGUGAACCUGUGCCCAAGGAAGCUAUCGAGGAAAUUAAGAAAGAAGAAAAGAUUCCAGGAGGGAAAGGAACCGAGUUGGUCGAAGGGGUUAAGGAUGCCAAUAAAGAUGCUGAGAAUAAGGCCGAGACUGAGGCUGUUGAAGAUGACUAUUAUGCCUAG